AAAGCCUUCCCAGGUCCCCAGUGCGUGCUGGGAGCUGUAGUGCCGUUCCUUAGGGCUGGGGGUGGCCGUGAGGUCAUCGGUGGUCGCCGGGAGCCGCCAGCACGUGGCGGCAGGUUCGCGUUAUCUGCCCGCGCCUUCAGGAGGCGGUUGCUGUCGCCCUCGCGAGUCCGUCGCAGUGCCAUCCCGACAUGCCUGAGGAGGCGGGCUUCCCCCCGAUCAAGAGAUUCCGGCCGGGUUCCGGACCUCGGAACCGCUCUGGAUCCUGCCCUCCUGGGAGGCGAGUGGUGAUGCUGCUGGCUGGGGGCGGCGGAGGAGGAGGAGGCCGAAGGCAGCAGCCAUCCCUGGCCCAUCCCUCUGCCACUCCUUACCGCGAAGCUGUGGAGUUGCAGCGCCGAAGUUUGCCCAUCUUCCAGGCUCGGGGGCAACUGUUGACCCACCUCCGAAACCUGGACAACGCCGUCCUCAUCGGGGAAACCGGCUCCGGGAAAACAACGCAGCUCCCUCAGUACCUCUACGAAGGAGGGAUCGGCCACCAGGGCGUCAUUGCUGUGACCCAGCCCCGUCGGGUGGCCGCCAUCUCUCUGGCUACCAGAGUCUCAGAUGAGAAGAGAACUGAACUUGGGAAGCUGGUUGGCUAUACAGUCCGCUUUGAUGAUGUCACCUCAGAAGACACCAAGAUCAAGUUCCUGACUGAUGGCAUGCUUCUCCGUGAAGCAAUUUCAGACUCCCUGCUCCGGAAGUACAGCUGUGUCAUCCUGGAUGAAGCCCACGAGCGGACUAUCCAUACAGAUGUGCUCUUUGGGGUGGUGAAAACUGCACAGAGGCGGCGGAAGGAACUGGGGAAACUGCCUCUCAAAGUGAUUGUGAUGUCAGCCACAAUGGAUGUGGACCUCUUCUCUCAGUACUUCAAUGGAGCCCCUGUCCUCUACCUAGAAGGCCGGCAGCACCCAAUCCAGAUUUUCUACACUAAACAGCCUCAGAAUGAUUACCUGCAUGCAGCAUUAGUCUCAGUCUUCCAGAUCCACCAGGAAGCCCCUUCUUCUCAGGACAUCCUGGUGUUCCUCACUGGGCAGGAGGAGAUCGAAGCAAUGAGCAAGACCUGCCGAGACAUUGCAAAGCACCUCCCAGACGGCUGCCCUCCAAUGCUGGUCCUUCCUCUGUAUGCCUCCUUGCCCUACACCCAGCAGCUCCGUGUCUUCCAGGGGGCCCCCAAGGGCUAUCGCAAAGUGAUCAUUUCAACCAACAUCGCUGAAACCUCCAUAACCAUUGCAGGAAUAAAAUUUGUAGUUGACACAGGCAUGGUUAAAGCAAAGAAGUAUAACCCUGACAGUGGGCUUGAGGUCUUGGCUGUGCAGCGGGUGUCAAAGACCCAGGCUUGGCAGCGCACGGGAAGGGCUGGCAGAGAGGACAGUGGCCUCUGCUACCGACUCUACACCGAGGAUGAGUUUGAGAAGUUUGAUAAGAUGACCGUGCCAGAAAUCCAGAGGUGUAACCUGGCAAGCGUGAUGCUACAGCUCCUGGCAAUGAAAGUCCCCAAUGUGCUCACUUUUGACUUCAUGUCCAAACCAUCUCCAGAUCACAUUCAGGCAGCCAUUGCCCAACUGGACCUGUUAGGUGCUCUUGACCGUAAGGAUGACCAGCUUUCCCUGACUCCAAUUGGAAGAAAGAUGGCAGCAUUUCCUUUAGAACCCAAAUUUGCCAAAACCAUUCUUUUGUCCUCCAAAUUCCACUGCACCGAGGAGAUACUGACCAUCGUCUCCCUGCUGUCCGUGGACAGCAUUCUCUACAACCCUCCUGCCCGGCGGGAUGAGGUGCAGAGCGUCCGGAAGAAGUUCAUCUCCAGUGAGGGCGACCACAUUACCCUGCUGAAUAUCUACCGGACCUUCAAAAACAUGAGUGGGAAUAAGGAUUGGUGUAAGGAGAAUUUUGUCAACAGCAAGAAUAUGAUGUUAGUCGCCGAAGUCAGAGCACAGCUGAGGGAUAUCUGCUUAAAGAUGUCCAUGCCAAUCAUGUCAUCCCGAGGAGACGUGGAGAGCAUCCGCCGCUGCCUGGCACACAGCCUCUUCAUGAGCACAGCAGAACUUCAGCCAGAUGGCACCUAUGCCACCACAGACACCCACCAACCAGUGGCCAUCCACCCCUCAUCUGUCCUCUUCCACUGUAAGCCAGCCUGUGUUGUGUAUACUGAGUUGCUCUACACCAACAAGUGCUACAUGCGAGACCUUUGUGUCGUGGACGCCGAGUGGCUGUACGAGGCCGCCCCCGAGUACUUCCGCAGGAAGCUGAGAACCGCCAGGAGCUAAGCUGCCUCAAGGCUGCCAGGAUUGCUGCUUGCCCAUGAGCUUGGAUGACAUCCGUUCUGCUAGCAGUCUCUUAGGCUGGCACUGAGAGAGGCAGUGAGUUUUAAUACAGCCGACGGGCCCAGCUUCCGAGAGCUUGGAGGCAUCUUUAUUUAAACUCCUAUGACUGAACCAUGUAGACAAUGUACAUGCCAUUUAUACUUG